GAAAUCUGUUUUGACACUCAGUUUUAUUUCUCUAAGGGAACACAAAAAAACAAAUGAGUGCGCAAAUCAUACUCUGUGAUGGAUUCGAGGUGGUUCCUCCCCCUCUGGAGAUGAACGACUUAAUACUCUUCGGAAGCGACCAAUCUUGUGGCGGCGGAGGCUCAAACUGCGGCGAAUCAACAGUAACCACAGAAGAAGACGGUACUGUUUUCUCCGGUGAUAGCUCACCGGGAUGGCGUGAAACUAAGGUUUUCUCCUUCUACUUCGUCAAGCAGCCUGCUUAUGAUGAUCCCGACAUUAAAUCCAAGAUUAGUGAAGCUGAUUUAGAGAUUUAUCACUGUAAUAAACGGAGAAUUGAUGUCUCCAACGCUCAGAAAUCUCAAAGGGCUGAGAUUGCUUCUUUGUAUGCUCAAAUGGAGAGUUUGGUUGCUAAAUCUCAAGGGUAUGAAGUUGUUUUGGAAGAGAAAAAGAAGGAGUUUGAUUCCCUGCAGGAAGGUCUACGGAAUCAACGGUGCUCUAGCAGUGGUCAGCUUUGCUUUUCAAAGGAGGAACUUGACCAUCUUAUCUAUACAGCAGAUUAUGUGAUUGAAUAUGGAAGCAUUGGUUUGGAAGAAGAACAUUGGCUGCUUAAAGACACCAAGAAGACAAUUCUAAAUGAGGACUCUCUUGCACAGAAAGAAGCUUCCAUACACAGUCUCAAGUUAAUGGCUGUUGAAAUGAAUGAAGUAAAGAAAGAGCUUGAAGCUAUUACAUGGAACAUUCAGGAGUUGAGUGACAAAAUGGGACAGGCUCAGUACAAGAUCAUGGUUUUGGAUGCAGAAAUGGCCUACAUACUUGAACAGAGAGACAAACCCUAUGAAAAGAUUAAGAUGCUGAGGAUACAACGAGACCAAAGGAAUGCUGAGUUUUACCAGAGCAUUGCUGUUAUGAGAAAAGCAAAAGAACUUGCUGCUUUGGGAAACGUUAGAGAUCUUGAACUGUACUCUAGCUCUGAGGUUGAUAGGUUCAUGACUCGUUGGAACAAUGACAAGGCUUAUAGAGAUGAUUACGUGCAAAGAAUCGCACAUUCACUCUGUGAAAGACAGCUGAGCCAAGAUGGGAGGAAUAAAGAUCCUGAAAGUGAAGCUCAGGCUGUUCAGGAAAAGUUGGUUAAGAGUAAAAAGGAAGGUAUGGCUGUUCAUAAAGAAGAUUCCAGCUCAAACUCGUCUCAAGAUGGAGAUGUAAUCACUGAUAAACAUAAGAAAGAAGUGAGGAAGAAGGUGAUAGAGUUCAACAGGUCAAGUGCUGAGGAGAGUGAUGUUAUAGACUUGGAGUUCACGGUGUAUAAGAAUCCGAGAAAAGAAGAAGAAGAGGUUGAUGAAGAAACAUUGAAGGAGAGGAAACGAGAAGAGCAGCUAGAGAAAGCUAGGUUAGCUAUGGAAAGGAAGAGGAAGGUACAAGAGAAAGCUACUGCCAGAGCUGCUAUAAGGGCUCAAAAGGAAGUUGAGAAGAAACUAAAGGAGUGUGAGAAGAAGGCGAAGAAGAGAGCAGCAUCAAACUCUUCUCCUCUUGCCCAAUCACAAGAAGCAAUCAAUGAGCUUGAGAAGGUGAGUACUUUAGCAAUCUCAGGGAAAGAGAAACAGAGAUCAAUGAUUCCAAAGCAGAGGAGUUUCAGGUACAAACACCGUGGAAGAGGAACCGAAGCUCUCCCUAAAGCUAUCCUAAACCGUAGAAAGGCUCACAAAUAUUGGGUUUGGGGACUUUCUUCUGCUGCACUUGCUCUUGUGCUCGUCCUUGCGUUUCUACUUUUACGGUGAAAUGAGGCAAGGAAAGAGACAGUAAAAAGGUUUUUGACUAUGCCUAAUUGGAGAAAGAGAGGUAUAGUGAGUGAAGGAGGAACUGAUUCAGGACUUUCAAAGGUAGCUUAUAGAUCUUUUUGAGCUUCAUAACCUUAGAUGUUAACUUAUUAUGUUUCUGUCUAUUUAGAGAACUGUCUGAAAAAAAGAAAAGACAUCCUAAUUGUCAGUGGGAGCUUGUGAGAGUUCAUGGAGACCUCCUGCUGAUCUUUUAAGUGAAUGGUUGAUGAUUGCAACCACUUUAUAGUCUUAAUGUUUACAUCUCCUGAUAAACUGUAACAAUCCCAGUAAAACUCAGUUUACAUGUCUCAUUACAUCUGUCAGCAGAGCUAAAUCAUCUUCAG